AUUCAGCAGUACGCAGAGCGAUGGAUGCGCACGCUCGCUAUCUACUAUCUUCAUGCUCAACCAAGAAAAAACAUCUGUUUUUAGUAUAGAGUGAAGUAAACAGGAUAAGCACCAAAGCUCAUCUUUGUCGUCGUCAGUCAGUGUCUAGCCAGAACACGGCGCGCAAUGAAAUAUCUCUCGUUUGCAUUACGCUGAUACACACGUUUGAAUUUAUAUUUAGCUUUCGUUAUCCGGUGUUGCGGUUACGCGUAACAAACAUUUUCAAGACGAAUACAAGUGCCACUAGGUGUGUGAAAUGCGUCUGUUGCAUUGGACCUUAUUAAUAAUCGGUCUGAUGCUGAUCGCUUGCCAGUUAAGUUCCGGUCAGAGGGUAGUCGAAAACAAAAAGCGCACGUUCGAAAUCGACUUCAACAACAACACGUUCCUGAAGGACGGGAAACCCUUCCAGUAUGUGGCUGGUUCGUUUCAUUACUUUCGCGCCAUGCCGCAAUCGUGGGGCCGUAUACUGCGAUUGAUGAGAGCCGCCGGUUUGAAUGCCGUUACAACGUAUGUAGAAUGGUCCCUGCACAAUCCUAAGGAGGGCGUCUACAACUGGCAGGGGAUGGCCGAUAUCGAACAAUUCAUACACUUGGCACAGGAAGAGGAUUUGCUGGUAAUACUGCGGCCUGGACCGUACAUCUGUGCGGAACGGGACAUGGGGGGAUUUCCCUACUGGCUUCUGCACAAGCAUCCUGGCAUCCAGCUGAGAACCGGUGAUGUUGUGCGAACUUGGUAUUCCGAGCUAUUCUCACGACUAGAACCGUACCUCUACGGAAAUGGAGGCCCAAUAAUUAUGGUACAGGUGGAAAAUGAGUACGGUUCGUUUUUUGCCUGUGAUCACAGGUACAUGGAAUGGCUGCGGGACGAAACAGAGAGAUACGUUCGAGGGCAUGCCGUGCUGUUCACAAAUAACGGUCCGGGAAUGACGGCUUGUGGAGGCGUAGAUGGCGCUUUGAGUACACUAGAUUUUGGUUCUGGAACAACUGAAGAAAUUAACGGUUACUGGAAUGAUCUUCGCAAGAAUCAACCAAAGGGACCAUUAGUGAAUUCUGAGUAUUAUCCUGGUUGGUUAACGCAUUGGCAAGAGCCUGAAAUGGCUCGAGUUCCAAUUGAUCCCAUCGUAGCAUCGUUGAGAGAAAUGUUGUCGAAUGGAGUAAACGUCAACAUUUAUAUGUUCUAUGGAGGCACGAAUUUUGGUUUCACAGCAGGAGCGAACGAAAUGGGUUCUGGUUUGUAUACUCCGGAUAUCACGUCCUAUGACUACGAUGCACCUCUAAACGAGGCUGGAGAUCCAACUCCUAAGUAUGCAGCAAUCCGGGAGGUUAUAUCAGAGUUUUUUCCUAUUCCAGAUGUUCCUGUUCCAACUCCUGCAUGCAAGGUGUCAAUACCCGAAGUUACGCUGAUUCCGAUCGAUAGUAUACUAAACAGGCAUGUAUUGCAUGUAGUCGCAUCUCCGAAAAUAACGAACACCACUCCUUUAUCAUUCGAGGCAAUUAAUCAAUACUCUGGAUUAGUUCUGUACGAGGCAUCAAUUCCAGCAAACUUAAAAACAGAUCCAAUGAAGCUAACCGUAGAGAAACUCCAUGAUAAGGGUUACGUAUUUGUAGAUUCGCUAUUUGUUGGAACACUGUCUAGACAGAACAACGUCAAUUCGUUACCGAUAGCGCUGGGCCUGGGCGAGACGCUGCAAAUCAUUGUAGAAAACGAAGGCCGGAUCAAUUUUGGCACACCAAACGACUUCAAAGGUAUUUUGGGUCGUGUGUUCAUCAACACGCAACCGAUUCAGAACUGGACUAUGACUGGAAUUCCGCUGGAUGAUAUAGGGAGGCUAAGCAAGUUCAUUCAUAAUAAGCUGCAGGAAAACGAUCUUCAUCCCAUGAAACAGUUGAGGCUACCCAGGGGAUUUCCGAUACAGCGUGGGCCUACGCUGUUCUACGGAACGUUCGAUCUCAACGAACUAUGUGAUACGUACCUGAAUCCGUCCGGCUGGGGUAAGGGUGUGGCUUUCGUGAACGGAUUCAAUCUAGGACGCUAUUGGCCUUUGGUUGGGCCUCAGAUCACGUUGUAUGUACCGCGGUCUAUACUGAAGCAACAAGGUAAUGAAAUUAUUCUCGUGGAGUUUCAAAUGGUUAAGAAACCGUUGGUUACCGUACAGUUCGAUAGUAGUCCGAUGUUCCAUUGAAGUUUCUAGUUAUGUAUGACGUUAAGAAAAUUUAAUACAUAUUUAAAUUUGCAACGUA